AUGGAUGAGAAACAGAUAAGUGAACUUCUCGAAUGUUCAGUCUGCCUAGAACGUCUUGAUCAGAGCUGCAAGGUUCUUCCGUGUCAACACACUUUCUGCCGCAAAUGCCUAGAAGAAAUUAUCCUGACGAAACAGGAACUGAGGUGUCCAGAAUGCAGAGCCCUGGUGACAGUUCGUGUGUCAGAUCUGCCUACCAAUAUUCUCGUGGUAAGGAUAUUGGAAGGUCUGAAAACCAAGUGUCAGAGGUCAGCAGGGGGUAGCAUUAAGCAGCUUGGACCAGGCAGUUUGAGCUCGAGCCCAUCUAAGGGAAUGGGGUCCGGCCAGCUAGUACAUGACCCUUCUUCAAGUCACUCAUACAGACAGGGCGCCCAGUCAUGUGCCAAGGCAUUGUAUAAUUAUGAUUCAUCUGAAAAGGAUGACCUGACCUUUAAGAAAGGUGAUGUGAUAGUUUUACGAAGAAAGAUUGAUGACAACUGGUUUCAGGGUGAAAUUGAUGGGCGCCUCGGAUAUUUCCCUGCAAACUUUGUACAG